CAGACGGUGCUUGAAAGCCGGUUCGAUCAGCGUGGGGGCCGCUCGUCCUCACGCGGAUCCCUUGCUGUCGAAGGCGAUCGCAGGAACUCGCCUCCGGAAUCGGCCAGCGGCGGCGGGCCCGUGGCUGACUGCCGUCAGACGGUGGAGCUAAGGCGGAGAUUCCCCCCGUGAUAGAAGCAAACAGAGCGCGGCAGCAGCGCUCUCCUCCUCCCGAAGCAGGCAGACACCCGCCGUCCUAUUCUUGUUCCAAUCGACGGUCACGAUCGGCUGAGAGAGUUUCAUAUUAUGGAUAGAAAUUUCCAGAGAUUGACACCACUUUAUUAGGUGUCAUAUCAGAACAUUUUACACCACAGAUAGUAAAUACUCAUAUCCAAUGAUUAUGUACGAGCAAGAUUCUGAAAUUCAUCGUUGGGGUUUUGACUUUCUUAAUUGCGAUCUGUUUUCUGUUUCACCAUACUGUGGAGUCAACACCCAACAAGAUUCUGAUUUCUAUGAUAAUGGUUAUGUUGGACAUGCUAACAUUGGUACAGAAUGUAUAAUUGUUGAGAAUGAUGAGAUUAUUGCACAUGCUCUUCAAGAAGAACUUUCUCAACUAGCUGUUGCUGAAGCUUCAGGCUCUACUCAUGAAGAAAAAUGCUUGCAAGUAUCUGUUCUUGCACAAGAUUGGUUUGGACCUUGUACAGGAAGUUACCUUUCAGGCAAUGAGAGUAAUCAUGAUGAGGGGGAUGAUACUGAAGCCUCCAGCUCAUGUUCUAGUGCUGGCAAAAAUUCUUACGAAGAAGUGCAAGGGACAUUGGAAUUAACUGAUGAUUAUUUGGAAAUUGAUGGUGAAGUUGGUAAAAGGUUGAAUCAAAUGGUCUCAAUUCCGCAUGUUCCUAGAAUUAAUGGCGAAAUUCCUUCAGUUGACGAAGCCAUUUCAGAUCAUCAAAGGCUUAUAGACAGGUUACUCAUGUAUGAUUUGGUUGAGCUGAAGGUCCAAGGAGAUGGAAACUGUCAGUUCCGAGCAUUAUCUGAUCAAUUCUAUCGAUCAACAGAGCACCACGAAUUUGUGAGACAGCAAGUUAUUAAUCAGCUCAAAUCUCAUCCCGAGUGUUACGAAGGAUAUGUCCCUAUGGAGUAUGGUGACUAUCUCAAGAAGUUAUCAAAAAGCGGAGAGUGGGGUGAUCACGUAACUUUACAGGCUGCUGCAGAUUCGCAGUAUGGAGUCAAAAUUUUUGUGAUAACAUCAUUCAAGGACACAUGUUACAUUGAGAUUCUUCCCGGUACUCAGAAGUCCAAGCGAGUAAUCUUCUUGAGCUUCUGGGCCGAGGUGCACUACAACUCUAUAUAUCCUGAAGGCGAUCUCCCUGCUUCGGACUUGAAGAAGAAAAAAAAAUGGUGGCAGUUCAGGAAUAAACAUUAGAUUAACAUACCGUGGUCAUUUGUUCCCUGGAAAUUGCAAUUCAAUGACCAAACUGAUCAUAUCUGCCCGGUGGGUCCCUAUCCUUGCUUCUUAUACUCCCAUCUGGUACAUCUGGUACUCUCUGUUGACGAUAUCGUCUAAUUAAACAUGCUAUUAAUCCAGGGGAACGAUAUUUAUUGGUUCA